UCUAUUCUACGAGAGAAUUGCCAUCCGCCGAGAAGCUCAAGGAAGAAAGUCUCGGGCGAGAAGACGACAGUUCGGUGUUUGCUUCUCAAGCACUCUCUCUCUCCUUUUUAUUUUUUCUUUCUUCCAUUCUCUCUCUUUAACAGCUAACAAGACGACGGAACCCAAAAGCCAAAGCUCUGAGAAAAAUUCCUAAUUCACUCUCUGCACGCGCCUUCAGGUGGCUACGUUUCCCCCCUUUGCUGGCGUUAGAUUCUACUCCCAUCUGUCCAAAUUCAGAUUUUCAUCUCUCCUUUUGCUAUUUCCGAUUCGAUCCGAUGAAAACAAUCCGUCGCUGAUUGUUGUGGAAUUCGAGUGUGAGGUCGUUCAUUCAAUGGUUGAUUGGAUGGAUUGGAUUGCUUAGAGGAUAAGGAAGACGAUCUAAUCGAAUUCGUGUUUCCGAUCCUGAUGACUGUCUUCAAUUUGUGGUAAUUUUAGGACAAUUUUGAAGUAUGAUGCUGAAUCGAAGUCCGCCUAAGCAUAGACAUGAUGGAACCUCGCCGUUGCCGCUUGGAAUGGACUGGAGCCCUCCUCCUCGAAAAUGGAAUGGGAAAGACACAGUUUGGCCUCAUGACCAUCACACAGGAUGGAGUUACUGUGUUAUAAUACCUUCAUGGGUUGCCCUUCCGAAAACACGAGCUGCAGAUCCCAUAGUGUUCUACAGGGUUCAGGUUGCUGUACAGUCACCUGAAGGGAUCACAGCAAUGCGGGGAGUAUUAAGGCGAUUUAAUGAUUUCAUGAAUUUAUUUUCAGAUGUUAAAAAGGCUUUUCCAAAGAAAAUGAUUCCCCCAGCUCCACCCAAAGGAAUCUUACGGAUGAAGACCAGGGCACUUUUAGAAGAGAGAAGGCGCUCUUUGGAGGAGUGGUUGACAAAGCUCCUGUCUGACAUUGAUAUAUCAAGAAGUGUUGCAGUAGCGUCCUUCCUUGAGCUAGAAGCUGCUGCUAGGUCUUCUUUCCAAAAUGAUAAUCAGGGGCCAUCAGGUGAAUACCCUGAUUAUAGCAGCAAGAUAUCAGCACAUCAGUCCCCUCCUAAUUCGAGCUCAUCUACGCUCAUUGGUGGUCUGUCACUUGCAUCAGAUUAUGGUAGUGAUACUGCUUAUGAGGCCUCUGAACUUGGUACAGCAAGUCUGGGAAGAGAUGAUAAUUCUGAAAUUGCCAUCGAUGAUUUAGCUUUGGAUGACGAUCUUUCCAGUCCAAUUGAAAAACUUGUGAAGUAUGGAUUGUCCAAUAUUGAUGAGGGUCUGUUUAUGGGACAGACCAUUCUAGAGCAGUUGGAAGGCCUUCCAAAACAUAAAGCUCAUCCUAGAUAUAAUAACAAUUUAAAGGAUGGUCAUAAUGGUAAUACUUCCAAAGCAUCGUACUUGGAUAAAAAUGGACUGGUACCAUUUGUAGAGCCUGAGCAUGGCAAGGUAAUUGGCCAUGCUCGCAAGCUGUCUGAUGAGAGUAUAGCAAGUGAUGCAAGUUCUCUGAGAGGUGGAGAAAUUUCAAGCGUUUCACUUCGAAAUUCAGUUGGCAAUGGCUCACUUGAUCAUUCAGGAGCUGAGGUUUCAAAUGCAAUUGAAUUUCAUACCAACCCUGAAUUGCAUUUUUCACAUGAUGCACUCCUCUUCCCAAAGGAUCAUCGGCAUAAACUGAAUAGGGUUCUUUCAACAAUGCAUCAAAGGCUAGUGACAGCAAAAACAGACAUGGAGGACCUCAUAUCAAGAUUGAAUCAGGAAAUAACUGUUAAAGAUUACCUUACAACAAUGGUUAAGGAUUUGGAAGUAGAACUUGAAACAAACAAGCAGAAAAGUAAAGAAAACCUUCAACAAGCUAUUUUGAUGGAGAGGGAAAAAGUUACCCAAAUGCAGUGGGAAAUGGAGGAACUUCGUCACAGAUCAUUGGAAAUGGAGUUAAAAUUGAAGUCUAAAGAAAAAAAGGGUGAAAAUUCAUUUUCAGUGCCUACAGAAGAAUUUACCCUCCAGGAGAAAGUUGCCUUGCAAGAAGAGCUUGAAUCCACGAAAGAACAACUAAAGAAUGUUUCUAAGCAAUUUGAAGAGCUUGAAGGAAAAUCAAAAGCAGACAUCAGGGUGCUUGUUAAAGAGGUUAAAUCUCUUCGAAGUACCCAAGCCAAACUUAAACAGGAGCUUAGUCAAACACUUCAACAGAAGUCUGAAACUGAGGAACUUCUUCAACAGGAAAGAGAAACGAGACAGCAUGCAAACAAGGCUUGGAGCAAGCUGCUGUCUGAAUGCAAGAGCCUACAUGCUCGGCUUAAAAAAUGCAGCAUGAAUUUUUCCCCGGAUGAUGAUUAUAAUCAUGAUGCGGAAUCUUCAUCCUUAUCUAAUGCCUUAGAUUUGCUGACAACAUCUGAUGAUCAACUAAAUCUUCUCCUGGCUGAGGUAAAUCUUCUGUCCGAUGGCAUACAGACUGCUACUCCAAUGGCAGAUGAUGACGACAACGAUUCAAUUAAAGUAGAUGCAGAGUUGAGGAUGGUACUUAAAGACAUAUUCACGGAAAACAGUAGGUUGAGGAAACAGGUCAAUUCGUAUUUCCGACACAAUAUGAGAUUGAGGAUGUCAAAGGAAGGUGAUGAUGCAGAGGCGUCUUCUUCUUCUUCUUCUUCACAAAACACUAAAGUAAAUAUCACAACAGAGACAUGAUUCCCUGUUUAUCAGUAUAUUAUUUCCUCCUUUCUUCUUGUUUUUUGCCUUCUCACCCCUUUAAAUAUAAGAAAAGCACUUUGUUGAUUCAGAAGCCCUUUUGCACAUCUUUGGAUAAAUAAUGCUGCUUGGUAUAGUCCAUAAUUUUAGUUAGUGCAAAAGUCAGUCAUCUCGUUUUGUGACUUGGCGUUUGCUGAUCUAUAGCUUUUUAGGGAUUUUUUUUCCUCCCACGAUGUUGUGCUUUUCAGGGAUUUUUACACUAUAAAUUAGAGGACCCUGCAUCUGACAAGGGUUGCUCAUAUACCCCCAGAUAUUUGCUUUCUGGCCCCUCACAUUACACAGAAUGUUGUCUUACUUUUACGUUGCCCUCGUGUUUUUGUUCAUUACGAGGAGAUGAAGACAAAGCCAAAAAUGAACUUAGAUUCUUA